AUGCACACUACAAAGGUUAGGGCACAUGUGAGGUCUCACCGCUUCCCACUGUUCUUCAGAGAUUAUGAGAAAAUGAAAAAUGUUCCUAAGGAGUCUGAGACAUGUUACCGCAGAAGUGAGACUCUAGAACGUGCACCGUCUCAAACAGAUGGACAAAGUUACGUCUCGCCGGAAAUUGUUCCGCACACUAAAGAACAUGAGCUUGUUCGGAAAAGAAGCGCAUGUGAACCUGUCAACAGUAUAGCCACAUCAGUAUCUGGAACAUUUCAUGAGAAGUUAGAAGAGCUGUCGCCAAAAUACACUUUUGCUGAUCCCAUUCGUAAGUUUAGCAGAAAUGACGCUGGACUUGUUACGUCAUUCAGUUCGAACCAGAAGUAUGCUUUCAGCUGCCCGAGUCGUUCAUGCUCGAAAUGUCCAUCACGACCAGUUGUAAUUUCCAAGGGAUCGAGUGUACCACGGACAACUUGCUGUAAUGUUUCGCCUGUCAAAUCUAGAACAGUUGAGAUAAAAACAUGGCGUUGCGAAACCUGUUUAUUAGAAAACUCGGACAAUAAAGUUACUUGUGAAGGCUGCUCUCUUCCUAAGUCAAAGUGUCAACAACAAGUUCAGUAUACUCCAUGUGCCCCGUCAAUGUCGUUGCCAGAAAUGACCGUGAUACCACCAUCUAACUCUCUGCUUCUUAUUCCACAAUCGACUUCUAAGUGGGAAUGUUCUACGUGCAUGGUAUUCAACGAGAAGGAGACGUCCAGCUGCGUGUGCUGUCAAACUCAAAGACCGUUGUCGGACUUACAGAGUUCCUGGGACUGCCCAACAUGCAUGGUACAAAAUGAUGGCAAAUUGAAUAAAUGUCCGUGUUGUUCUACCAAUAAACCUGGUACAAAACCGGACAAUCGGACUUUCACAGACCGCGGCAAUUUCUCCAUAUUAUCCAGCCAGCCACCAAGUAGCAUCAAGUUCGGUUUCAGCAUUCAAAAAUCAGUUAGUCCACAAAAGUCGGAAGUUGUUACCCCGAAUAAUACUACGACCGCGAAACUGCAUCCCGCGCUUUCUAAUAAAAUAACCAAUUUUGCAUUAAGUGAAACUGAGAAAUUACCCGUAUCAGAAAAACAACCAGAAUCUCGAAGUUGUAUUUCAUGGCACUCCCGGAGUGAUGUUACUUCACCCCGCUUCAUACCAUUAACACAGUCAAUUGUCACUACAAGUUUUGGCAUCAACACCUUUGGUCAAAGCUGUGGUUUAAAUGCUGCGAUCGGUCCAGAUUCAUCUUUCGUAUCUCAUGCAUCUAAUGAAAACACUAAUGUAUCAUGUUCGACGGACAGUGGUCCCAUCUUGUUUCCCGCCCCAAAUUCUACUGACAAGACGCCUCUGUUUUCAUUUGGUUCCUGUUUAACGUCGUCAGGAUUUAAUGGAUUCACACAUACUCCACCAGCUAGUUUUUCCGAUCGUCCAAACGGAGGUGUUUUUCAUUUUGGUUCAAUUACUAAGGUGAACGAUCAUCUGACUGGUUUAAAUACUUCAAUUCCUCAGUUGUCAACCUUCGCAUCUUCGAAUCAAAACCUACUCACAAAUACCGAAGUUCGGAAAAAAGCGCACGCGAUUCGCCGUCUGCGUCGGUGA